AUGCACACGGAGGGACAUGGGACGGAGUCACAGAACACAGAGCAGAACACAGAGCAGAACACAGAGAAGAACACAGAGCAGAACACAGAGCAGAACACAGAGCAGAACACAGAGCAGAACACAGAGAAGAACACAGAGCAGAACACAGAGCAGAACACAGAGCAGAACACAGACCGCAGAAACCUGGCGCCCGCUCUGCCGUGGGUCCCAUUAGAGCUGGCUCCACUCCCUCUUGGCAGCGUGAUGCUGGCACCGAGAGGCAUCAGGAGCCCAGAGCCGCUGUGUCCUGCCGGGGCCACCGUCUGUGUCCGCGCUCACAGCACAACUGCCCGGAUGUGGAAUCAGAUGUUACGAACUUAA